UCUCUCAUUUCUGGCUUAAACUGAGUGAGAGAGAAAGUAAUCUUCGAAUUCUAGAGAGAGAAAGUGGCUAUGGCGACCUCGCUUCUCUCUCCUCUCGCAGCUCCAACCAUCAACACCGACAACCGUGAACUAUCCACUGCUAUUGGCGUCCCGAAGACCUCUUUCCUUGACGGUACCAAGCUCCCUUUCGCUCCAUCUGCGGCAAAUUCGACAGCGAGCUCAACUCGGAGAUGGUGUUUUAGGUCUCCGAGGUCUUCGAAGCCUCUUGACCAUGUUCCGAAGCGGUUUCGAGAGGAAAACCUCAAAGAAGGAUUGAUGGACAAUUACAUGAAUGCCCCUCAAUAUCUUUAUGGCUUAAGUCGUUCACAAAUGGACAUGUUCAUGACUGAAGAUAAUCCCAUCCGCCGACAGUCUGAAAGUGUCACAGAGGAAAGCAUCGGAUCUGCCAGCAAUUAUUUGAAUCAUGGAGGAAUGUGGAGUUUAUCAGGCAUGACUGAAAGAGGUCCUUCAAAAUACAGCAUGAGUGUAAGCAUGUACCGUGGAGGAGCUAGAGGGUAUGGAAGGCCCAGGACUGCUCCUCCUGAUUUGCCAUCUUUGCUUUUGGAUGCUCGAAUUAUCUAUCUGGGAAUGCCAAUUGUGCCAGCAGUAACUGAGCUUCUUGUUGCUCAGUUCAUGUGGUUGGAUUAUGAUAACCCAUCAAAGCCUAUAUAUUUGUAUAUAAAUUCCUCUGGGACUCAGAAUGAGAAGAUGGAGACUGUCGGAGCUGAAACAGAGGCAUAUGCCAUUGCUGACACCAUGGCUUACUGCAAAUCAGACGUCUACACAGUGAAUUGCGGCAUGGCGUAUGGUCAAGCAGCAAUGCUUCUCUCACUUGGAGCCAAGGGUUUCCGCGCUAUGCAACCAAAUUCUUCCACAAAAUUGUAUCUCCCUAAAGUCAGCAGGUCAAGUGGAGCUGUCAUAGAUAUGUGGAUUAAGGCCAAAGAACUGGAUGCAAACUCCGAAUAUUAUGUAGAGCUGUUAGCAAAAGGAACUGGGAAAUCAAAGGACGAAAUCAGUAAAGACGUCCAGCGCCCCAAAUAUUUCCAAGCUCAAGAGGCAAUUGAAUAUGGCAUUGCAGACAAGAUCAUCAGCUCAAGGGAUAUUGCAUUUGAGAAACGGAAUUAUGAUGAGAUGCUUGCCCAAUCGAAAGCCAUGAGGAGAGCAGCGGGAGUUGGUCCACAAGCAGCUCCCUCUGGAAUUAGGUAACUGCAAAACAGUCAAAUCACUGUUACUCAAAUGACUGGGAUUCAAGGGUUCUACUUUUGUGUUGUAUCUUUGCACGAUGGAGGAGCCAGUUACGUUUGAAGCUUAAAUGGAUUCUAUAGUUCUAAUAUGAAAGAAAGCUACUCUCCGAUUUUGUUACCAGGUGGCACUUUGUCUUCGGCAGUUGUCAUGUAAAAUGCUGUGUACAUGGGUAUUUUGGAAAACAGGAUAAUGUUUGUUCAUUUUACUACUGGGAUGUUUACUGUGAUCAAACAUGAAAAGGAAAUUUUAAAAACUCAAAAUAGUAAAUUUUAAUCUAGAUACAGAAAUCAUGCUGAUUGGA